AUGGAACUUCAACAACAAGACGAGAAUGCGGAAGCAGCAUCCUUAGUCAGUAGUUUCAGUCUAAAUGUAGCUGCUCAACACCAAGAUGAUGUUAUCGCAACUGCUCUUUAUGGCCAGGAACUUGCCCAACGACGGCAGAGAGUGAAUCAGGUCCUCGGAGAAAGGCAGUGGAAGGAAUUCUAUGAGAAUACUGGAACUGGGCGAACUCCGGCCGAGACUGAGCUCAUUGUGGAACGCAAUUUGUUGGACCAGGCAUGGAAAGACUUUGUGCCUGAUCCCCUGGACAAGAAAAAUGCUGGCAUAGCGAAGCUCGCACCGUCCAGCAGUAUGGUAUCGAUUAAGGACCUAAUGAGUGUUGUCAUAAGUGUAAGAGAUCAGCAAAAGGGUCCUGGUCGAGCACAUCGAUACCUGAGUAAAUUUCUAGAGACCUUGGACGGUCAUUCGAAGAUGCUAGGUACACUUCCAGACCAAAAUCUUUACGGAUCGAUCUUCUGCGGGGCUCUGAAGACCCUGAUCAGUGCGUCUGCAAAUCACAGAAAGAUACUUGAAGCUCUGUCAAAAGACCUUGUUGAUAUUGGAGAAGUGGUUGAGCUUUGCGUACUGCAAGUCCAACUGUUCUGUACCACAGAAAUGCAGGGACUUAUCCGGAGCCUCUAUGCUUCCAUUUUCAGCUUUUUGCGAAAAGCCUUAGGCUGGUAUGAAGACAAGAGGAGAAACCGACUGCUACACAGCUUCAAUGAGAACUUCUACAACGUGUUUUCUGACUCAAUCGACGAAAUUCGCCGAAUAGGAAGGUUAAUACGCACAAAAGGAAUGAUCGCGAAUCACGCAGAAACUCGAGAUGUGCGUGUAAUGAUCGAAAAGAUGGCGAACGAGCACAAUGAAGUCUCGGCUGAUGCUCAUUACUGGAAACUUCGUCUUCAGAAAAUAGAAGAGAAGUGUGAUAUGCUUCUUAGCUUGGAUUAUAGACGUCAAAUUGGAUCUCACAUGGCAGAUCUUCUGGUCCUUGAAGGCCAACAAAUCGCACCGUUGGCUUUGAUGUUUAAUGCCACCCGGACGGGAAUCCCCAGUGAAUAUAUGCAGUGGAGUCAAACGAGGACUUCCACACGGCUCGAUGAUUCAUCUUUGGCGGGAAGUGUGGGCACAGCUAGAAUCGUCCCCAAACACAUUCGGUCUGAUCAGUCUAUGGGAAUUUACCAAAAGGAUCAAUUGGAAAGGGAUUCUCGCACUCUUGAAGAGUUCAUCUAUCUCCAGCUUGACCCCCUUGAAGUCUGCCAGGGGAGUCAAAUUUUUGCGGAACACCAAGUCGUGCAUGCAAUAAAGGAGUGGAGUACUUCCAUCACCUCCCAAAUACUCUGGAUCUUGGGUCCUCUGGACCGCCACUACCCUUCCAACCUCUCGUCCAUCGCCGCGGCUCUCAUCAAUGCUGCGGAUGAAGCCGCAAUCCCAAUACUGCACCUAUUUCUCGAUUGGCCUUCAGAUGAGCAACUCCCCAUCUUCAACUUGCUCUACUCCCUCAUACGCCAAAUAAUCAGUCUCCUCCCUGAGCAAUUCGUUAGUCCCGUUGACUUCAGUCCCGAAAAAUUUGAGAAACUUAACAGUCAGAUGGAAUCCUGGGAGGCGGGUCUGGCGGUCUUGAGUGGCCUUUUAGACCUUGCUCCUCCGCUUUUACUUAUUAUCAUCGAUGGAAUUGAUCAUUUAGACUACCUUUCGGUUGGGUCACGCGAGGUAGGCAACCUUCUGCGAUUACUCCAGCGACAUGUUUGGGAUGAUGAAGACCAAGAACCAAAGAAGACAUUAAAGAUACUCUUCACAACAGCGGGGAAUUGUGCUGCUUUGAAUUGGCUCGAUGAGCGGAGCUCGGCGAUUAUUCGAAUGACAGAAAGCAAACCUCGGCAGUUGGGCAAAUCCAGAGCGGGAAGAUCUGAGGUCGCUCUGUGAAGAGAUUAAUCCUCAGUGGGAGAGUCGUAGUUUUGGUUUGUUUAGAAAUGCGCGUGGAUGACAUCCUUAGUUUUUAGUAUAUCCUGAAAUCGGCAAGUGAGUUGGAGAAUCCG